UACUCUCAGAAAUACAGUCAAAGACAAAAAGAAAAUUUUGCUCUGAGAAGGGGAGGAAAUAGAAUCUUUCGUGAAUUUAUAUGAAUUUCAAGAAAUCAAGAGAGUAAUCAGAGUCACCACCUCCGCGGCCACCUCGGUAAAUCUAUCACACCACGCUAAGCAUUUUUUAUUUUUACACCUUCACUGAGUUCAUUGAAAGCAAUGGAAGCCAAUGAAAUAGGAAUAGAGUUGGGCUUUUUGGAAAAGAUUGAUGGCGGUUGGUUAUCGAAUCGUUAUUUUCCUAACAAGGUUGGCGGUAAACCAGCUUGGUUACAUUUAGAUGACUUGCCAGCUCAGGAAAAAAUGAUUUGCAAAAAAUGUGAAAAGCCGAAAGCAUUUUUGCUACAGCUGUACGUACCUUUCGACGAUGAUUAUAAUUUCCAUAGAAUGCUGUAUGUAUUCAUAUGCCGCAGUGAAACAUGCUAUGUGCGUAAUAAUGCGAGUGUAGUAACAGUUUUACGUAGCCAGUUGCCUUUAAAAAAUGAGUUUUACGCUGCUGAACCUCCUCUUGAAACUGGAGAACCUUUACCGGCGAUAUUACCUAAGGAACAUAAAUUAUGUUUGGCUUGCGGCUGCAAAUCGUCAGUUAAAUGUGACUACUGUGAGGGCUACUACUGUUCUUUCGUGCACCGUGAUCUGCACAAACCAGUCUGCUCAAAAAUCGGGGGAAUCGAAUCUUGUGAUAGGCUAUCAAUUGUUGAAUUCGAUGAAUGGGAGAUCGUAAAGGAUUCUAUGAACGAUGAGGAAGACAUAACCGAGCCACAUGCUGUCGAAGAGCAGAAAUUUUCUAAAGCAAUCGAAGAACUGUCAAAGUCCUGUAAAACAUUAACAUUUCAGAACCUGCCCGAUUCUGAUUUGGAAAAAUAUGCAGCUAAUAGUGAGCUAAUGGACGACAAAUUCUUCUUUAAAUUUCGUAAGGAAUGUAAUAAAGAACCGGAACAAAUCAUACGUUAUAAACGUAAUGGCUUACCGUUGUGGAUAACUGAUGUACAAAAAACUGUGGCUUCCCAAUUGAAAGAAAUACCGCUUUGCGAGUAUUGCGGUGGGGAGAGAAAGUUUGAAUUUCAAAUUAUGCCGCAACUAUUGAACUAUCUCAAUGAUGACGGCAUUGAUUGGGGGACGCUAGCCAUAUAUACCUGUUCGAGAAGUUGCCCUUUGCCUGUGGGAUAUGCUGAAGAGUUCGUUAUAAAACAGGAUAUAAUUGCUGAUAUUGCUUGCGGUUCAAAUCAUCACAGUUCCAAUGUGAACAAAUAA